AAGAGACCGUUGUAGAUCUGUCUUCUUCUUCUUCCUCAUAGAAAUGGUGAAACACAGAAGCUCAUCUCGCUAUUCUUCUUCAGCUAGACUCUUCUCCAUAAAAGCUAUAUCUGUCUACUUGAUCUUGAUAUUCGCUUUCACCAUCUGGGUCUUCGUUUUCAGCUCCAUAAACAUACAAACCGAUGACCACCAAACCCAAGAUCACCAGCAGCAUCAACGUCGAGAUCCAAGGAAGAAUUUGCAGAAACCGAACGAUAAUUUAGAUUCUCAGCUCUGGAUUCCUCCCUUUAGCUAUGGUUUGCAUCCUUGUGUCAAACCUACUCCUAGAUACAAAGAAUUUGUAGAGUCAGAUCGUUAUAUAACAGUGAGAAGUAAUGGUGGACUGAAUCAAAUGCGUACUGGUAUAGCGGAUAUGGUGGCUGUUGCACAUAUUAUGAAUGCAACUUUGGUGAUUCCUGAGCUGGAUAAGCGGUCGUUUUGGAGAGACUCAAGUGUUUUCUCAGAUAUUUUCGACGAGGAGCAUUUCAUCGAAUCACUGGAGAGAGAUGUGAAGGUUGUUAAAAAGCUCCCAAAGGAAGUGGAGUCUCUACCUAGGGCGAGGAAGCAUUUCAGUUCAUGGGCUAGUGUUGGAUACUACGAAGAAAUGAGACACUUGUGGAAGGAGUACAAGGUCAUCCAUGUGGCUAAGUCAGAUUCUCGCCUUGCAAACAAUGACCUGCCUAUUGAUGUUCAGAGGUUGAGAUGUCGUGUUCUGUAUCGUGGUCUUCGCUUCUCUCCUGCUAUUGAAAGCCUCGGACAGAAGCUGGUUGAGCGACUCAAGUCACGCGCUGGGAGGUUCAUUGCAUUGCAUCUGAGGUAUGAGAAAGACAUGUUGGCUUUCACUGGCUGUACUUAUGGUCUCACUGAUGCUGAAUCUGAAGAACUCAGAGUUAUGAGGGAGAGUACAAGCCAUUGGAAGAUCAAAAGUAUAAACUCAACAGAGCAGAGAGAGGAAGGGCUAUGUCCAUUGACUCCAAAAGAAGUGGGGAUAUUCCUGAAAGGUCUUGGUUAUCCUGAGUCAACAGUUAUUUAUAUUGCAGCAGGGGAGAUCUAUGGUGGUGAUGAUAGACUCUUAGAGCUUAAAUCUCGCUUCCCUAACCUAGUCUUUAAGGAAACGCUUGCUGGGGAAGAAGAGUUAAAAGGCUUCACAGGCCAUGCGACUAAAACGGCUGCUCUUGAUUAUAUAAUAUCUGUUGAGAGUGAUGUGUUCGUUCCUUCACAUUCUGGAAACAUGGCGAGAGCAGUUGAAGGUCACCGCAGGUUUCUAGGGCAUCGCAGGACAAUCACUCCUGACAGGAAAGGACUUGUGAAACUGUUCAAUAAGGUGGAGAGAGGACAGAUAAAAGAGGGAGCAAAGUUUUCGAAUCUUGUAAAAACAAUGCAUCAAGACAUGCAAGGUGCACCGAGGAGAAGGAAAGGGCCAGCACAGGGGAUUAAAGGACGUGCUAGGUUUAGAACUGAAGAAGCCUUUUAUGAGAAUCCAUACCCAGAGUGUAUUUGCAGUUCAAAGGAGCACAAAGAACCCUAAUUGAUUAUUUUUGGCCUUUUUUAUGUGACUUUGAGUCUGAACAUUUUUUUUGGUAUCACUUCUAGUUCUACCUUAUAUAGUCAACUUAUUUACAAACGAUUAUUUGAAAAAUUGUUUGUAGUUUUGUUUGGAAAAAUGAUACUUAUAAACGAAUGUUAAAUCUGUUA